AGCAUAUCCUUUCCCUCCUUCCAAACGUCGCCUCUUUCACAGCCGGUGCAAUGCGCUGGCGGAAUGUCUCCCGCGUACCUACCGCUCCGUCCUUUGAGCACGCCCUACUUUCAAAAACCGGCAGCAUAACCACCCUCAAGCUCGAAUAUGCGCACUUUAGCUGCCAGACGGACCUCCUCGACAUGCUCAGUCUGUUCGCGAACCUCAAGUCCCUUUUCCUGGGUUCCAUAAUCGCAGCACCGUUCUGCGCGGCGGAUGCGGAGCACGUCUCGUUGGGGGUCGAGGAGCUCGAGUGUGCAGAUGGAGCUUGUUCGGGGAUUGAUGGAGAUGACGAAGGGUUCGUUGGAGGAUUUGGAGAUGGGAGUGUGUAUCUUACCGGUCGACUGGAGUUGAUGAUCUCUGAAGUGAAAAGAUGCCCUCCGCUCGAUUAUGGUGUCAUGGAGGAGGUACUCAGGUUGUGGGAAAUCUGCAUGUGGGAGGAAUUGAACUUGGGAUCGCGCACGUGA